GAAGCGACCUUCUUGAGGCGGAAGCAAAAGGACUCGCACUCGCCUCACCGAUCCGCCACCACACCACACAUCCUCCUCGUCGGCUCCUCCUCCUCGCCGCCGCCGCCACGAUGCCGGAAGACGUGCAGAUGAACGACUCGGAGCCCCAGCCGGCGGCCCCAACUCCCGCCGCUGCGGCGCCGGCGCUCUCCACCCUCCACCAUCUGAAGGAGAUCGCGUCCGUCAUCGAGGCCGGCUCCCUGUCCAAGGAGGUCCGCCGGAUCUCCCGCGCCGUCCGCCUAACCGUCGCGCUCCGCCGCCGCCUCGCCGCGCGGGACGUCUCCGCCUUCCUCGGCUUCGCGCUCCCCGCGUCCUCUGAAGCCUACGCUCGCCUCACCGCCCUGGUGCCCAAGGAAGAUGAUACUGAGAUGGAUGUUGAUGCUGCGGCUCCGGCAACACAGAUUUCAAUCAAGCAUGGUCUCCCUGAAAUUGAAAUAUAUUGCUACUUGCUUGUCCUGAUUUUCCUUAUUGAUCAAAAGAAAUAUGACGAGGCUAAAGCAUGUGCAACUUCGAGCAUUGCUCGUCUGAAGAACUUGAACCGGAGAACUGUUGAUGUUUUGGCUUCUCGUCUGUACUUUUAUUACUCCUAUGUGUAUGAGCUUACCAACAGUCUUGCUGAAAUCCGUGGGAAUCUGCUCGCAUUACACAGGAUGGCAACUUUGCACCGUGACGAGCUUGGCCAGGAAACUCUGCUCAAUCUCCUCCUCCGCAAUUACCUCCACUACAACCUGUAUGAUCAGGCAGAAAAACUUAGAUCAAAGGCACCUCGUUUUGAAGCUCAUUCCAACCAACAAUUCUGCCGAUACUUGUUCUACUUGGGUAAGAUUAGGACAAUUCAGUUGGAGUACACUGAUGCUAAAGAAAGCCUCCUCCAAGCUGCUCGGAAGGCACCCACAUCAGCUCGUGGUUUUCGUAUUCAGUGCAACAAAUGGGCUAUCAUUGUGAGGCUACUUCUUGGAGAGAUUCCAGAGAGGACUGUUUUCAUGCAGAAAGGAAUGAAGAAAGCUUUGACACCUUAUUUUGAGCUCACAAAUGCUGUCAGGGUGGGGGACCUGGAACUGUUCAGGGCUGUCGCAGACAAAUUUGCAAGCACAUUCAGUGCAGACAGGACUCGCAACCUCAUUGUGAGGCUGCGCCACAAUGUCAUCCGAACUGGUCUGCGCAACAUCAGCAUUUCAUACUCAAGGAUCUCCCUUGCUGAUAUUGCUAAGAAGCUAAGACUAGACUCCGAGAACCCUGUUGCUGAUGCCGAGAGCAUUGUAGCCAAGGCCAUCAGAGAUGGCGCAAUCGACGCCACCAUAGAUCAUGCAAAUGGCUGGAUGGUGUCAAAGGAAACUGGUGAUGUCUACUCAACAAACGAGCCGCAGAUUGCAUUCAACUCCAGGAUUGCUUUCUGCCUCAACAUGCACAAUGAAGCGGUCAAGGCUAUGAGGUUCCCCCCUAACUCUCACAAGGAGAAGGAGAGUGCUGAGAAGCGCCGUGAGAGGCUUCAACAGGAGGAAGAAUUGGCUAAGCACAUGGCCGAAGAGGAUGAUGACGACUUCUAAAUUAGCUGGCCUUUGCGCAGCCACUUGCAAUGUGGAGUUGUUCAAUUUGAGAUCGGUUCCAAAAGCAAUUCCUCCGCCUCUGGGUCUACUCGAGUCAUGCAGACAUUAAAGUUUGAAUUCGUCCGCUGUAACUUUAUGUUGUAUUAACUCCAUGUGCACCAGGUACUGGUAGGCUCAUUACGUUUCGCCCACCCUGAAUUGUUGGAAAUGGUGAGAAUUUGCCAACAAUGCGCAAGAACCGGCUAUGUUUAUUUCAUGAUUCCUUUUGGUCCAAUUCGGGCUUUGUGA